AAGAAAGGUGUGUGUUGGGGCUGGGUGGGUAGCUGUAGGACCAGCUAUGGGAAGUGACCAGGGAAAGGAAAGGAAACAAGCUCAAGUUUUGCUAUGCAGAUUUAGGUUAGUGUCUCCUCCAUUGAUAAGUGUCUUGUGAUUCAGUAAUGCUGUUCUAGGCACAGAGAGGAAGACACCUUUACAAAUGGAGAUUUCCUUUAUAAAUGUACAUUUCCCUUCCAAAAGGGUAUUCUAGUUUGUUUUCAGAGUUUCUCUUGUGUCUACUUUCUCAAAUUAACCUCUGCCAAAGAGGUAUGUUUCGGGGUGGCAUGUUCUGCUAUCCCCCUGCAUUUAGGAAGAAUUUGAGGAAUGACUCAAUCUCUAUUUUGCAAAUAAUGAAAAAAGACUGAUAAAUUAGGCAACCUGUCCAAGAUCACAGAGGCAGCAUUUAGCCAAGGUGGGAUUCCAAUCCAGGUCUCCAAGAUACAGUAUACUUUUGUUUUUUCUCUGUUGUGCUGCAAUUUAUGCCACAGAUGGCAUCCAGGAUACAGAAGCAGCUGCUGUCUCCAACAUUCCUGAAAGGGAAUCACGAGAACUGGAUUCCAUUUAUGACUCGACCUUAAUACUGGCUAACAAUUAUUUAAUUUCGUGGGGCUCAAUUAUGCUUAGCUGUAAAAACGGCUUUUGGAUCAACCACCAAUCUUUUAAAGGUCUUUUAAUUCGAAAACUAAAAAUCUUGACAUCCGAGAAGGGAUAGGAUUCAUUGGUUUUUUUCCAAGCGGCUUCAUUCCCUACGGGCUGGCAACCGUCUACUGGCCCAAGGAUUACCCCUUCCCAUCCUAGCCUGGCGGCCGCCUCCUCCCCUUACACCUCGAGCAAUGCAGGUGCUGUCAUUCACUCCAACCUCGGCCUCGCUACACCCAGAGCAGAUUCUGAGGGGAACCCGCAACAACUUCCUCCGCGCGCCUAGGGCCCCGGAAGUGACGUCUGUGCGUGCGUGCCGGGCGCUCGCGGCGCCGGGGGCGGGGCUUGAGAGAGGGAGGGCCGGCAAGAGGGCGGGUUGUGGACUGGCGGAGCGGGGACCCACUCGAGCGACCCGCGGAGAGCAGCGGUCCCGACGCCCGUGGAACCGCAGACCAGCAGGAAGAAGAUGAGCCUUAAGUCUGAACGCCGAGGAAUUCAUGUGGAUCAGUCAGAGCUCCUUUGCAAGAAAGGAUGUGGUUACUAUGGCAACCCUGCUUGGCAGGGUUUCUGCUCCAAGUGCUGGAGGGAAGAGUACCACAAAGCAAGGCAGAAGCAGAUUCAGGAGGAUUGGGAACUGGCAGAGCGACUUCAGCGGGAGGAGGAAGAGGCCUUUGCCAGCAGUCAGAGUGGCCCAGGGGCCCAGUCCCUCACAUUUUCCAAGUUUGAAGAAAAGAAAACCAAUGAGAAGACUCGCAAGGUUACCACAGUAAAGAAAUUCUUCAGUGCUUCAUCCAGGGUUGGAUCAAAAAAGGCAGAAAUUCAGGAAGCAAAAGCUCCCAGUCCUUCCAUAAACCGGCAAGCCAGCAUUGAAACGGAUAGAGUGUCUAAAGAGUUCAUAGAAUUUCUCAAGACCUUCCACAAGACAGGCCAAGAAAUCUAUAAGCAGACCAAGAUGUUUUUGGAAACAAUGCAUUACAAAAGGGAUUUAAGCAUUGAGGAACAGUCAGAGUGUACUCAGGAUUUUUACCAGAAUGUGGCUGAAAGAAUGCAGACUCGUGGAAAAGUGCCUUCGGAAAGAGUUGAGAAGAUAAUGGAUCAGAUCGAAAAGUACAUCAUGACUCGUCUCUAUAAAUAUGUGUUCUGUCCAGAAACUACAGAUGAUGAGAAGAAAGAUCUCGCUAUUCAAAAGAGGAUCAGAGCCCUGCACUGGGUUACACCUCAGAUGCUUUGUGUCCCUGUUAAUGAAGAAAUUUCAGAAGUAUCUGAUAUGGUGGUGAAAGCAAUCACAGAUAUCAUUGAAAUGGAUUCAAAGCGUGUACCUCGAGAUAAGUUGGCCUGCAUCACCAAGUGCAGCAAGCACAUUUUCAAUGCCAUUAAGAUCACCAAGAAUGAGCCGGCCUCAGCUGAUGACUUUUUGCCAACUCUCAUCUACAUUGUCUUGAAGGGCAACCCCCCACGCCUUCAGUCCAACAUCCAGUAUAUCACCCGCUUCUGCAACCCGAGCCGAUUGAUGGCUGGGGAGGACGGCUACUAUUUCACCAAUCUGUGCUGUGCUGUGGCUUUCAUUGAGAAAUUAGAUGCUCAGUCUUUGAAUUUAAGUCAGGAAGAUUUUGAUCGAUACAUGUCCGGCCAGACUUCUCCCAGGAAGCAGGAAUCUGAGAAUUGGUCUCCUGAUGCUUGCUUAGGGGUUAAACAAAUGUAUAAGAACUUGGAUCUUCUGUCUCAGUUGAAUGAACGGCAAGAAAGGAUCAUGAGUGAAGCCAAGAAACUUGAAAAAGACCUAAUAGAGUGGACGGAUGGAAUUGCAAAAGAGGUUCAAGACAUUGUUGAGAAAUACCCGCUUGAAAUUAAACCCCCAAAUCAAUCUUUAGCAGCUAUUGACUCUGAAAAUGUUGAAAAUGAUAAACUUCCUCCACCUUUGCAACCUCAAGUUUAUGCAGGAUGAUAAAAAUUUACAUGGGUAGUAUUUAUUUGAGCCUAAAUUGUAGCUAGCCCUUACUACAGUCCAUGAUUGGGAUCUAGACUAUAACUUAAUUGCUUAUAAAUGUCAGAGCAUUUUUCAAGGUACAGUUUGUGGGGAUUGUUUUGUUUCGUUUUUCCUGGCAGGGGAAGCUUAGUAAAUAAUAAAAUACUAUUUAUUUGAGUUACUGAAAUAGAUUCAUUUAAGGUUUAUGUGAAAGUUUUGUCUAAAUCUAUUUUUUCUCCAUGAUUUUCCUGUGUGCUUCCUCUUUGGCAUUCACUGUGGUUUGGAUUUGGGUAAUACUUGCCUUUAAAGGAUAAAACAGAUGAAUGCUACAAAAUGUAUGUUUAAGGGGAUUCAGUGGUACCACUAUUCUACAGUUUGAAAUAUUUUAUAAUUGUAAAGAUAGAAGAUAUAUUGAUAAGUAAAUAUGUAAAAUUGUAAAUAUGUAAAAACAAAAAAAAGGAAUGGUGUCUGCUAUGCAUGGCAUUUCAUGUGUUAAUUUGUUUAGUUUAAAAUGAAGUAUAUUGAAUGUUUGCCUUUAACUCCAUUUUAUUUGGUUUGCCCCCACUUAAAUGAAUCUAGAAGUGUUUGGACAUAGUCCCCUUAAAAUCUCGACUCCAUUUUUAACAAUUUGUUAGCCCUGACUUGGGUUCUGUACAGUCAGAGACUGUGACACCAUUGAGCUUCAGAAUAAUUUUUAGGUCACAUGAAGUUGCUGUUUAGGAUAGUCAUUUGAAGACUUGGAACCAUGCUUCUUGCACCUUUUUCCUCCACUCAUUCAGGAAAUAUUUAUAGAGUUCUUUGUAAAGGAGCUGGUCCUGGGUCUGGAUCAGAAGAUAGGAGUGAACAGGACUCCACUGGGGAGAGACCAUGGGGGAUCUCUCCGAGCUCGAAUGUGCACAGGUGCCUUUCUGCCUCUGGAGAGAACUUUUGACUUGAUGGACAACCCGGACACGUGUCCUGUAAACCUCUCCCAGGGCUUCUCAGCCUCCGUACUACUGACAUUGCAGCCUGAAGGUUUUUCGUUAUGGAGGCUUCCCUGUGCAUUGUAGGAUGUUUAGCAGUAUUCCUGGCUUCUAUACUCACUAGACACUAGUGGCAUCCCCCAGAGUUGUGAAAAAUUAUCUCCAGACAUUGCCAAAUAUUUCCAGGUUGGGGGGGACGGCAAAAUCGCCCCCAGUUAAGAACCCCUGAUCUAUUUCGUAAGUGAGGAAGGUAACCAAGUUACCUUGUGGUUAAUGUGAUGUAACCAAAGAAUAUUGCAUUAAAUGCACCGUACAGUUAACUGAUAGUCAUUGAGGCUUUACAGUCACUGGCACUGUGGAACCUUUCCUAAUCCUAAUGGAACCCUUUGUAACCUAAAUAUGUCAUGUAUGCUCCUCCUUCCAGUCAGUGAUUUCUACAGGUUACCAGUGGACCUGAGAAAUUGUGCGUAAUUACAGGGCACCAUUCUGAAACAAGGUCAUGUCACAAGCAGUUAAGAAGGUUUCUUUGCUUUCCCAAUAUCUUCCUAAUAGUGUACCACCAAUUUGUAGUGCAAUAAUUUUGGAAUAAAACUAGGGUGAGUAUAAAACUUUUUAUCCUUAAAUUUACACGUACAAGCCAUCAGGUUGACACACCUGUUGUCAUAAAGCACUGAAGACGUGAUGAAGCAGUGACCUGUGUCCCCGAUCACCAAGCUCACGUGGAGUGCAGUGAGUUACUGUCAAAUACCAGUGAGAAUCUGCACUUAGAAACCUGGCCCCAAGUGACUUCUGUAGAGGGCGGUCCCCUUUUUCCUUUGUUCUUUUCUAUGUACUCUCUAGGUGCUAAUCCAGGUAUACACACUCUUAAUUCUCCUGGGAAUAUACAGUUCUUUUAGUCGUUGUACACUAUAUUUGUUAAAUAAAAUGUGCAUAUCAGCCUCCCACAAAA